UAAUACAUAGUGUUGGACGGUACUGCGUGUACAGUCGCAAUAGUAUGCGUUACGUCGCCGCAGUGUAAACAAGAAAGGAAGAUCCCAUCACGACCGCGGCAAGUGAUUCUCGUGAAAAGAGUGAAAAGUGUACGUGUGUCCGUAUCGUAAGCGACUGUGCGUUGUGUUGUGGCGAGCGUCAUAGAAAAUGCCUACUUCCAAAGACAUGGAUAGGCUUUACGACAGACAAUUGGUAAAAUUGAAGAGGUCGCGAGAAAACGUCGAUUGGGCCAUCGUCGAAGAAAGACAUGAGUUUCUCUAUCGACUUUACUAUUCGAUCCGCGACUGGAGGAGCCUACUACCGAAUGUCCGAGACAUCUUUCGAAAGGAAGAGAUCGACUUUUUUCUCUCGGAUUCCAUAAAACUCGGAUGCACAUACAUGGCAAAAGCGAUCGUCAGCUUCGUGGCUCGAAGCGGCUACAGAGACAACUACGAUGCCGACGUCGAUGCGCAGCGUCGUACCACACCCGUGCAUCUCGUGUCCAAACGCAGGUUAUGUGACUGGGGCGUCGUGGCCUAUUGGCUCUUCAAGAUCUUCGACAAAUUCGACGUCAAUUUCACAGACGAGUCGGGCCGGACGCAUUUUCAUGUAGCCUGCGAGUACGGAUUCGACGACGUCGUUCGCAAAUUUCUCGAGCUCGGUCAAGAUCCCGACUGCCUCGUGCCGGAGACGGGAGACUCUCCGCUGCAUCUGGCCGUGGCAGGCGGACACGCGAUCGUCGCGCGGACACUUCUGAGACGCGGCGCCGUACCGAAUCUCGUCAACUGUCAGGGAUCGACGCCUCUGAACCUGAUCUGCCGAAAGACGAGCGAGGACGAGGCCGCCAUGUUUCUGCAGAUAUUUCACGAGAACAGCGAAGCUUAUCGGGCCGAGUCGAUGGCCAACGCUCUGAAUUGCAGCGGUGACACGGAGCUGCACGUGGCUCUGAACGCUUGGCGCAGAGUCCUGGCCGAGGCACUGCUGCGGUACGGCGCCGAUCAGAACGUGGCCAACUCCCGAGGACUGACGCCUCUGCACUCGAUCUGCAAGAGAGCCGAGUACGACGGAAUGUCCUCGCUGCUCUUGAGACUCGUCUUGGAGAACGGCGAGGCGGUGCGGAUCAACGCCAGGAACAACGAGGGCGACACGCCUCUGCACCUGGCCCUGGAGAACGUUGAAGAGGCCCUCAAGUGCGUCGAGCUGCUGCUGCGAUCCGGGGCCGAUCCGAAUUUGGCCAACGGGCUUGGCUUCACGGCUCUACACUCGAUCGGCAAGGAGCGCUCCAGCGACGCGAUGGCCAAGCGAUUUCUCAGGAUCUGCGAAGAGAUCGAACAGCCGCUGCAACUCGACGUGCGGGACGCCUCGGGUACGAGUCCGCUGCACUACGCUCUGCUCUGGGAUCGCGAGGCCUCGGUUAUAAAGCUGCUGCUGCAGGCCGGCGCCAGUCCGGACUAUCCCAGCGGGACGGGCUCGACGCCUCUGCACGCCGCGGUGGCGAGUCUCAUGCCCGAGGCGGUCCAGGCGCUACUGGAUCGAGGCGCGGAUCUCGCGGGCUUCGUCUUCCCCACGGCCAGCGAAUUCGACGAUCGUUACGAGGCCGAUCUCAGCGCGAGCAACUACGCGUUUCUGCGCCUGGUCCGGACGCUGGACUGCAUCGAGCGCCUCGAGGCGAGAGGCAGAGACUCGUACGAGCUGGACAAGAGCGGCGCCCUGACCGUCGUCGACUUUUGCCGGGAGCGCGGCCUGUUCGCCUGCCAGAUGACCGGAAAAGCCUUCUGGGCCAAGGACGAGCCGGAGCUGGUGAAGAAGUUGAAGGAGGACGAGAUGAGGGUCAGGGACCUGUGUCUCGUCGACCUUGUCGGCGCCGAGGUCGAGGAGGCGGCCAAACGAGUCACCUACGCCGACUGCUACGAAUUCUCGGAGAGGCUGCCGAAGCUGCCGAGCCUGUACCACGCGACGUGUUUCAGGCCCCUGUACGAGAUAAUAUCGAGGCGAUUCCUCAGGUACUGGGCGGUGGAAUUGUUCAUGGAUAUGACGCGAUGCCGAUUGCCGAUAGUCUGCUGCGAGAAAAUAAUAGACAGCUCGUUCGAUAACAAGAAUCUUUUGAAUAUCUGCUUGGCGGCCAAGGAUUGACGACUUUAAUUUUUGUAAUAC